UUUUACUUUGAACUAAUGGCUGUCGUCUUCCGAAAUUUUCUAAACUCCCCACUUCCUUUACUUUCAUCGCCAUCUUCUUCUUCUUCUCUUUGUCUUCUCUCUUCUUUCAGUCCACCUUCACCCAGACCUCAAAUUUUUGCAUCAGCUUCGCCAGCAUCAUCUUCCAUGGACACCAACCCCAGAAAGUUCAUGGACUUCCCAUUUGUCACUACCCCACAUAGGAACUUGAUGAUUGAUCUCGUAUCAACGGUGGAGAAUCGACUCGAGUCUCAGCUCAAACCCUGCACUCUUCCUCCUGAUGUACAAUAUUACUGCAAUCAAAGUGGGACCUCCCAGGGCUCACUUCAUAUCAGAUCAAGCCAUAGCUCUUCCCAGGUUGAUUUCAUACUAGGAAGUUGGUUGCACUGUGAGCUGCCAACAGGUGGAUCACUGAACAUAACAAGCCUUUCCGCAUACCUGAAUGUUUCCACAGAUGCACCAAAUUUCCUUAUUGAGCUCAUACAGAGUAGCCCUACAUCACUAGUUCUCAUUCUGGAUUUGCCUCCUCGGAAGGACCUAGUCCUAUAUCCAGAGUACCUUCAAACUUUCUACGAAAACACACGGUUGGACUCACUUAGACAAACGCUUGAGAAACUCCCAGAAGUUAAAACCUACUACUCCUCAGCGCUUUACAUUCGAUGUGUCACCUCUCCCACAUCAAUUAUGAUCCGUGUCGACACAGAGGGAGCUGGACCAGGACGCAUGGAGGAGAUUGUUAAGGAUCAUGUGGAUCCGGUUGCAAAAGCAGCAUUGGGAAUAUGGUUGGAUCAAUGUGCUUGUGGACAGAGAAAUGUAGAUGAGGCAGAAAUGGCAUAUUUGGAAAAGAGGGAUGGAUUGAUUAAGAACAAGACCAUUGAGAUUGAUCUCGGCUCAAACUUUCCAAGGUUGUUUGGGCCCGAUAUAGCAAAUCGUAUACUAGGGGCGAGUCAUUAUGGAGGAGUGUCGAGGAAAGACAAGCCUAGAGGGAGGCAUCAUGGGUUAAGCCAACAGAAGAGGCAAGAGAUUAAGGAAGCAUUUGAACUAUUUGAUACUGAUGGCUCAGGUACCAUUGAUGCAAAAGAGCUGAAUGUUGCCAUGAGGGCUCUUGGUUUCGAAAUGACAGAAGAGCAAAUCAAUCAAAUGAUUGCAGAUGUGGACAAGGAUGGCAGUGGUGCCAUUGAUUUUGAUGAAUUUGUGCACAUGAUGACUGCCAAGAUUGGCGAGAGGGACACUAAAGAAGAGCUUAUGAAAGCAUUCCAAAUCAUUGAUCAAGAUAACAAUGGAAAGAUAUCGCCGCAAGACAUUCAACGCAUUGCAAAGGAGCUUGGCGAACACUUCUCAGAAAAAGAUAUUCAAGACAUGAUUGAAGAAGCAGACCGUGAUCAUGAUGGUGAGGUGAGUAUUGAUGAGUUCAUGAGGAUGAUGAAGAGAACUACUUACGGCUACUAGAAGUUUCACUUAAUGCUGAAGGAAGGGUUGAUUGCAGUCAUGCUAUAGCUGUAGAAUAGUUGUACAAAUAAACUAAAAAAAAAAAAAUUAUGGAUGAUCUAUUGUAUGUUUCAUCAUAAAGUUUAAACAUGUAGCUGAUCUCUAUUAUUUUGUGUUGGCUUUGUUUGGUCAGUGAUGAUGAUGAUGAUAUGAUAUUUUAUCUCUGCCAUAUCUGAUCUAA